CGAAUACGCAGCGCGGACUGACGUUUUCGAAACGCGAGUGACAAUCGCGAAGCAAGUACGAACUUUAAGGUGUUCCUAUUUACGCUUAUUGUGAGUGCAAGAGUUAAGAAACGGCAUCGCCAUGGAUGGGCCGUACCAAUUUACAGUGGCUCAACUGAAGGAGAUAGCAAAGCAACGCAAAGUGUCAACCGCAGGACUGAAGGCGGAAAUAAUCAAGAGGUUAAUGGAUGCGGACCCAGAAGGUACGUGGAUGACCGAAUACAGCCCCGAUCGCGAGGAAGAAGGCGAGUGCGAGGACGAUCAGCUCAGGCACGAGCGAGACAGAAACGAGCUGCUACGUCAAGAACUCGAGAUAGCGAGAAGGGAACGAGACUUGGCACAACGAGAAGCGACGUUGGCGCAACGUGAACUAGAAUUGACCAACAGAGGAAUUAGACAAAAUGUAGCGAAUUUCCCUGCAGAAGAUGAGAAUCGAAUGCAUGAAAUGC